AUGUCUCUUAUAAACCGUAUUUUUCCAUCACUCGCACAAGAUCUUAAACUUUUAGAACUUGAACCAUUUUUCUCUCCACUGUCACGUAUUACGAGGACUUCUAACUUCCCUACUGCGUCUUCCGUUUUAAACGGUUAUUUUCGUCCGUCGGUUGAUGUUUCUGAAACUGAUAAAAAUUAUGUCAUAGAAGCCGAGGUUCCUGGCAUGAAAAAAGUUGAUCUUUCAGUUGAAUUUGCUGAUAAUACUUUGACUUUAAAAGGAAAAGUUGAAAGAUCUAACGAUCAAUUAAGAACUAUUGAUACGACGCAGUCUACUGGUGACGUAGUUGAAAAUAGUCGAGAAGGUACAUCCGUCGCAGAGCCUACUUAUUGGACUAACGAAAGAAUUUUAGGAAGUUUUCAACGUUCUAUUACACUUCCUAAUAAUGCUGAUAAGGAAAAUGUUAAAGCGCAAUAUAAAGAUGGAAUUUUGUCUAUUAUCAUUCCUAAAGUCGAACGUCAAAGUCAAAAGAUUACCAUUGAAUAA